AUGGUGACCAAGACCAUCCGGACGGAGUACAUGAAGAAGUUCAGGGACCCCCGGUGGGAGACCUUCUCCAAGUGCUACGAGGACGCCCUGAGGUACCGGCUGACCCGGCGGGUGAUGGAGCACGCCCACAGGCCCUGGCUCUGGGAGGGCUGGGACAGCGGCUCCGACUCCAGCGGCUGGUCCACGCCCCGGCUGACCCGGAACAAAGUGUCCCCCCUGUCCCUCCCCCCCCCGCCGGCGUCCUCGGGCCUGAAGACCAGCCCCGGCCCGGAGCCGGCCCACCAGGAGGCGGGAGGGGGAGGGGCCGGAGACACUGCUCCUAACACAGCGGCGCUUGUAGAAAACGGCGUGAAUGAACCCGGCGCCGGUUCAGUGAAGCCGGUUCCGAACGCCAGCCGCGCCUCAGAGGACACGGCCACAGACGACGGCCCGGCGGACACGGCGUCUUCUGACGGCGAGCCGGUGAAGCCGGCCCCUAAACGCCGUCACCGCAGACGCGCCCCUCCCGCUGAGCCGGGACGCCAGGACGGGUCCAGUGACGACCAACAGGCCGCCGUCCGGAAAGCAGCGAGAGCGAAGAGCCAGCCUCCAAUCAGCAGCGAGGAGAAGCGGCGAGCGUCCAGCCGCCUGGACGGGAGCGAGGGGCGGACCCAGCUCAGGACCAACGACAGUCAGACCCGCCGGGAGUCGGACAAGCGGAGCAACAACGUGGAGCGGCGGCGUGCGCGCUCGGCCGACCUGGACAAGGUGAGGCGCUCGCAGCUGGCCGUGGUGGACGACCGCUGGAUGACGGAGUACAUGAGCUGCUUCUCUGCCCGGCGGAGGUAG